CCCCCUCCCCGUUCCCUGCCUUCUUUUCCCCCUUCCCUCCCCAUCCCUCCCCCCCAACCUCCGGAGCUGGGAAGAGAGUCAAGAUGGCGGCGAAAUCCGAUGGCGGCGGCGUGGGGGUGGGCUUCGCCCAACUGCACAACCUGGACGAGGCGGUGGGCAGCGGCGGCGAGGAGGACGGGGAGCCCGGGGGAGGCGGCUGCGGCGGCGGAGACGGCAGCGACCCCGGCGAGAGCAGCUCCCUCCACAUCUGCCACUGCUGCAACACCUCCUCGUGCUACUGGGGCUGCCGCUCCGCCUGCCUGCGCUCUCUCCUGGGCAAGAAGCCGCGCCGCAGCGCCGCCGCCGACGGCGGGGACCAGCCGCUCCAGCCGCCGGCGGCGUCCGCCGCGCACCCCCAACCGACGCCCCCCGCCGGCGCCGCGCGCCCCCAGCCCCUGCCGCCGCCGCAGGUGGAGCGGCCGUGGCUUGACUGCCUGUGGAUCGUGCUGGCGCUGCUGGUGUUCUUCGGGGACGUGGGCACCGACCUGUGGCUGGCCCUGGACUACUACGGCAAGGGGGACUACGGCUGGUUUGGGCUGACGCUCUUCUUCGUGCUGGUGCCGUCGCUGCUGGUGCAGAGCCUUAGCUUCCGCUGGUUCGUGCAGGACUACACAGGCGGAGGGCUGGGCGCCGUGGAGGGGCUCAGCAGUCGGGGCCCCCCCAUGAUGGGGGCCGGCUACGGCCACGGGGCGGCCCGUGGGGGCGGCGGCCCCGGCGUGGGGGGAGGCUCGGCCACGCCGGGGGCCCAGCGCUUGUGCCGGCUUUCGGUGUGGAUCUGGCAGUCGGUCAUCCACCUGCUGCAGAUGGGGCAGGUGUGGAGGUAUAUUCGCACGAUGUACCUGGGGAUUCAGAGCCAGCGGCAGAAGGAACACCAGCGACGCUUUUACUGGGCUAUGAUGUACGAAUAUGCAGAUGUCAAUAUGUUACGCCUCCUGGAGACCUUCCUGGAGAGCGCCCCCCAACUGGUGCUACAGCUCUGUAUAAUGAUUCAAAAGAACAGCGCUGAAACGCUGCCCUGUGUCUCCUCUGUGACCUCCCUGAUGUCCCUAGCUUGGGUGCUAGCCUCCUAUCACAAGCUUCUACGGGACUCCAGGGAUGACAAGAAGAGCAUGAGCUACCGAGGGGCCCUCAUCCAUCUCUUCUGGCGGCUCUUCACCAUCUCCUCCAGAGUUAUCUCCUUUGCCCUGUUUGCCUCCAUCUUCCAGCUCUACUUUGGGAUCUUUGUCGUGGUUCACUGGUGCGCCAUGGCCUUCUGGAUCAUCCAUGGUGGGACAGACUUCUGCAUGUCCAAGUGGGAGGAGAUCCUCUUCAACAUGGUGGUAGGGAUUGUGUACAUUUUCUGCUGGUUUAACGUCAAGGAAGGUCGGACUCGAUAUCGAAUGUUUGCCUAUUACACGGUAGUCUUGACAGAGAAUGCUGCCUUGACGUUCCUUUGGUAUUUUUACAGAAACCCCGAGACCACUGACUCCUAUGCCGUGCCAGCACUGUGUUGUGUCUUUCUUAGCUUUGUGGCUGGGAUAGCUCUGAUGCUCUUAUAUUAUGGUGUGUUGCAUCCCAUGGGGCCACGAGCUAAGAUCUUUGCCAGCUCCUGUUGCGCCGAGCUGCUCUGGGGCAUCCCUUUGCCCCCCGACGUUGAGCCCAUGGCGCCUCAGACCCCUGGGUACCGGGGGACCCAGGUCACGCCCACCAGAGCCGUCACGGAACAACAGGAGGAUCUCACGGCUGACACUUGCUUGCCCGUUUUUCAAGUGAGACCCAUGGGGCCCUCCACCCCGUCGGGGCGUCCUUACCAUCCAGAAGGGCCCCUCAUUAAGAUUGACAUGCCCAGAAAGAGAUACCCUGCAUGGGAUGCCCAUUUUGUAGACAGGAGGUUGAGAAGGACUAUCAACAUUCUGCAGUAUGUCACUCCCACAGCUGUAGGCAUUCGGUAUCGAGAUGGACCGCUCCUCUAUGAGUUGUUACAGUAUGAGUCUUCACUUUAAAAGCUCCGUAACCCAAGUUGAGAAGGGAACCUUUAAGUUUUGUUUACGGCCAACACCGCUCACAAGAA